AUGACAUUAUCAACUACCAAUUUGAUAAAAUCAAGAACUAUGAUUAAGCGAGGUCAGUUGUAUUUGGAUAAUGAUUAUGUGUGGCACAAUAUUAAUAGUGUGAAUAGUGUGGCUCGUGAUCUUGAUUCGGUUGGCAUUGUUCCUCUUCAAUCUCUUUCGGAAAAAACUGGUAAUGGUAAUGGCACCUGUUUUUGGCUUAAUGAGUGGAAUGGUAAUGUUAGUUUGGCUUCCAAAUUUCCAAGAUUAUUCAAUUUAGAGCUUUCAAAAAACGCUUUCAAUUCUGAUCGAUGGAAAGAUAAUGCUUUGGUUUCUAACUGGAGAAGACAAAUCCGUGGUGGGGCUGAAUCUAGUGAACUGAAUCACCUUACGAGUCUGUUGAGUUUGGUGGUUCUUGUUGAUGAAUCGAAUAAAUGGAAAUUUUCUAACUCGAGCAUGAAGGAAUUUUCGGUGAAAGGUAUGCAUCACAUGAUUGACGAGGUUUUGCUUACUAAUAGUCAAGUAGCUACUAGAUGGAAUAAAUUGGUGCCGCGAAAGGUCAAUAUACUUGGGUGGAGGGUCCUUUUAAAUAGAAUUCCAACUCGUAGCAACUUGGUUAAUAAAAGUGUGGAAUUCUGUCCGAUAUGUGAUAAUACAGUGGAAACAAGCGAUCACUUAUUUGGAAAUUGUGAGAUUGCUUUAAAAGUAUGGAGUUUGGUGGCCAAAUAG